UAAAACGACAUACAACUUAACAUCUUUUGGUGUAUAACGACAAUGUCGUUUAUCUGUUAAUGUCUCUCGUCUCAGUAACCGACAGUCAAAUUCGUUGCCAACCUUCGGUGAUUCUGAAGGCUUCUUCUCCGGCCAGUGAUCCGUCGCUGUUGAGUUACGCUAUCUCUAAUUUUCUUCUUGCUAGAUCUCAAUUUCGAUCCUAGUUAUUGUUGUUUAGUUUUCGUUAAAUCUCCAUAUCGUUACGCUAUUAUCGCAUUUCUUUUCUUUCUUCAACUACUCUCUAUCUUUUUACUGCCUGCCUUUUGGCACACAUGAUCUUGCACUUUUUGAUAAUUAAUAAAUGAUAUUGGAAAAAAAUUUUGUUUGUGAUUUAAUAAUUUAUUUAUUUUGGUGGUUUGCAGUUAGUUUGUUGACUAGAAAUGGACCUCCUCGUAUUGCAAGGGGACGUUGAUGAGUUCAGAGAGAUUACGGGAAUCAUCAAUAGAGAUAUGGAUUUGGUUACUUUAAGUGAUGAGAAUCUUCGUCGUGUAUUUAUGAUUUUCGAAAUAGCAUUUGGAGUGGUCAAUGCGCGAACAAAGCCGUUUUAUGUUAAAUUUUGCAGGUUACAGAGGCGGAUUUGGACCAGUUAUGGUGUUCUAGUGUUGACAGCAUGGUGGCUGUGGCCAAGCAGGUAUUUGAUUAUGCAUCUGAGAUGACUUUUCAGGACUUAGAUGAACAGUGGAAGCAAGCAGUUCUGGGAAUGUUAAGAGGUGCGCGCAAUGUAAUCAGUAAACAAAGUGUGCUUAACUCAACUCAGCAAGGUGUAAUCGAGGAACUUCUAGCUGAAGUUGGUUUAACAAGAGAUGAGAGACUGUUAGUUAGUGAAUUAGAGAGCCAAAGCAAGGAACAUGACCUUUCUGUUGAAGCAUGCUGUAAGCCCUGUAUUUCAUGGCCUCGCAAUGGACGUAUAACCGUGGAGUGGAUUCAAGUUCUUAUUUCAACCUUAAAGUGGUCUUCGUGGAAAGACCCUAAGGAGUUCCAUAAUGUAAUUCCUGUCACUGUGGUGAAAAAAUUGAUUAAUGCUGCUUCAAAAAUCAUGAGAGGUGAAAAGAAUUGUGUCAAAAUCCAUGUUAAAGAGGAUUCAGAAGUUGUUAUAGUUGGUGACAUACAUGGACAAUUCCAUGACCUGAUUGCUCUUUUUGAAGAAAAUACUGGAUUUCCUUCUGAUCGUCAAUAUUUUGUCUUCAACGGUAAUUAUGUUGGUGGAGGCUCAUGGGGUUUGGAAGUACUUCUAGUUUUGUUGGCUUGGAAGGUCCUGAUUCCUCAUAGGGUAUUUUUACUCCGUGGAAAUCAUGAAUCAAAAGAUUGCACAUUGACAAAUGGUUUCUGGUCAGAGAUAUGCACCAAAUUUGGCUUAAAGGAGUGCAAAAGUGUCUAUGAUAAAUGCUUGGAGAGUUUUAAAGCAUUUCCAUUGGCCUCAGUCAUUGCUAAUAGCCUUUACACAACACAUGGGGGACUAUUUCGUAGCGAAGGCAGUGGCAGUUCAAAAAGUUCUAAAAGUGUAAAGAGAAGAAAGUUGAAUACUUUAUGUUUGGGUUCUUUAAAGGAGCUAGCUAAAGUUAAUAGAUUUCUUGAAGAUGUGCCCGAAAAUAGUUUAUUGGCCGAUGUUCUAUGGUCUGACCCAUCUUUGGAAACUGGAAUUAGGGAAAACAAAGAUAAAAGAUCAGGUCUGCUGUGGGGUCCUGAUUAUACUGAGGAGUUCCUAAGUGAAAACCAUUUAAAGUUGAUUAUAAGAUCACAUGAGGGUCCUGAUGCAAGGACUGGUCAUGAAGAUUCUAGAAAUUUAUUAAAUGGGUACAGCAAAGAUCACGAUGUAGCAUCAGGGCAAUUAUAUACUCUGUUCACUGCUCCAAGUUAUGCACAGUUUGGUGGAUUUGAUAAUGUAGGAGCAUAUGCAGUCAUAAAGCCUCCUAAGUUUGAUUCUCCUAUAUUCCUGCCACUCAAAGCAGCCAAAAGACCCGAGGCACCUCUUUAUGAUAGUUUUCUUUAUGAAGACUUUGAUUCGGAUGGAGCAGAAGAUUUUGUAUCAACGGAUUCUGAGGAGGAACACAACUUGACAUUGAGGGAUGCUAUUGAACCACGAGACAUGACUUUGAUGGAGACCAACAUAGAACUCAAUAAAAAGAUGCUAGCUCAAGGAGAAAAAAUAAAACAAUUGGAGAGCCUUGUUGAAGAGUUAAGAAAAGAGCAGGGUGAUCGCGCAAAGAGGAUGGAAGACAUGUUAAGUACUCUUUUACAGCAAUCAUCUCACAAAGGUUGUGGCAAAGGUUCAUGAAUAUCAGAAGAUAGACCUCAGAAGUGAACUGUAGUUACAUAACAGGAAGCACUGGCAGCAAGUGAUUUAUAAGGCAAGAGAAACUUUAUGGUAGUUGGUAGCUUUCGAAGUCAACAAACGUAAAAGAUAAUAUGAACAGGGGAGUAUGUUGAAGAAUUUAAGGUGGAUGAUCACUGUUGGAAUCAAAUCUUGAAAUUUUCCAGAUUAGGGCAAAGUUUUGGUCAAUUCUGUACUUCAUGAAUCAACUGAGGUAAGGUAGGAGCAGAGUGCAACUCAGAACUUCCAAUUUAAAACUAGCAGUGCUUGUGAUGGAGAAGAAGUGUUAGAAGAUUGGCAACAUGGGAUGAGAUGAAGAUCUUUGAAACGUUGAUGUUCUAUUAGGAAUCUUCUUUUUUACGAGAGUGUAGUAUUGUUUAGGAGAAUUUAGCCUUCGGAUGAAUGUUUUGUAUGCAUAUCAGAAGCCAAAAGCAGUUUGACAAUGCUUUAACUGGAAAGUGUAUAUCAUCAUCGACAAUUUGGUGUAUCCACAGAAAGAAUUGGGAAAAUUCAACAUGUCUGGGAAAGAUGUAUAGGUUAUAUUCUCCAGAACAGUAGUUAGACUGAUCUAAACUCUGCCAUCUUAUGUGGUGGAAGCAUUGAGCUGAAAAUAAAUGAAAGCACAGAGAUGCGUUCUAGUGUCGAAUUUCAAGA